CUCUCAAAGAAAAUCUCUUUUCUACUGAUAGCCCCAACAUGGGCUUCCAUCCUCUUUCUCAUAGUUCCUCUCGCUCAAGCCCAACAGGAAAUGCCUGGCGCACCAUGGCCACCUCCCCCUCAGACUCAGCCAGGUCUGAACGGUGUAGAAAUGUCCAAGCCCGAUGAAGCUCCACAGGGAAUGAAGAACCCACAUACGAACCAGUCUGCUCGAAAACAGCAAGGAGACGAAAAAGAAAAUGCGCAGAUAAAUCCUUCCGCUCAAGUCCCUCCGGGAAUGCAUGGUCCGUAUCCUUCUUUCCCUCAAGUUCCGCAGGGACGUCAGGGCCAAUAUACGCCUCAUUUCCCUCAGGUUCCACAGGAUCCAAAUACACUUCCUUUCCCUCAAGUUUCGCCGGGAAUGCAAGUUCCAUAUCCUUUUUACCCUCCAGUUCCGCACGGACGUCAGGAAUAUACACCCUAUUUCCCUCAGGUUCCUCCGGGAAUGCAGAAUCCAGAUGCGCUUCCUUUCCCUCAACUUCCAGCGGAAAUACAGGGCUCAAACAAGCUUCCUUUCCCUCAAGUUCCACCUGGAAUGGAGGGUCCACAUAUGCCUCCUCAGAUCCCGCCAGGAAUACAGGUCCCACAUGAGAUCCCUCAAAUCCCACCGAGAAAUGGUCCAUAUAAGCCUCCCUUUGCUCCACCUCAUCAAGUGCCGGAUGUGCCAACGAAUCCUUUACCCUAUUAUCCGCGAGGAAUAGAUGACGUUUACAAAGUUGCUUUCGACGAAACGAAGCGAAGGAUGGAGGGUACAAGCCCUCAGAAUCAUCUACGCCAGGACUUCGCCAAAAGCGGAAAUGUUCCAGUUGUUUUCAAUUUCUUUACGCCUAUCAAAGUGGUGAACAAGGAUGGCACCGACAGAGACGUUCCAAAAGUGAACAAUACCAUCAUAUGAGCAAAGACAGAUUUCCAUAGAAGUACAAAACUUUCGACUUCUAUUACUGA